UUGUGGAUGAACGCCAUAAAACCCAUCUCCGAAAUGUGGACUGUAAUAGGAAAAUUACUGUUUUUGCACUUGCUAACGAUGGGGCUGUAUUCAGGAAAAGGGAGCGAGGAGGAGUGCGAGGACGGACAGUUUCAGUGCAAGAACAAGAAAUGCAUCAUGAGCAUUUGGAGGUGUGACGAUGAUGAUGACUGCUCGGACAACAGCGAUGAAGAAGACUGCUUGAGGAAGACGUGUGCGCCAUCAGAAUUCGCUUGUCAGAACGGGCAGUGUGUGCCUGGCCGCUGGCGCUGCGACGGAGAGCCCGAGUGUCCGGACGGAUCCGACGAGGCAGAGUCCACCUGCACAGUCAAGCAAACGUGCCCACCGGACAAGUUCGACUGCGGUGGGAAGUGUGUGUCGUUGUCAUGGCGCUGCGAUGGCGAGAGGGACUGCGAAAACGGAGCGGACGAGGAAGACUGUGCUGCAGAUGCCCGCGCCUGCCCAGCAGGAGAGUUCCAGUGUCGUAACCAUAAGUGCCUGGCGCCGGUCUACGUGUGUGACGGUGAUGACGACUGCGGGGACUCCAGUGACGAGGAGAAGUGUUCUCCACCCACCUGCGGCCCCCACGAGUUCCGCUGCAAUGCCUCCGAGUGCGUUCCCCAGCCCUGGACCUGCGACGGGGACCCAGACUGCUCUGACGGCUCUGACGAGUGGGCGGAGCGAUGUGGGAGCGAAGUCGUGCGACCGGCCACGCCCCCCGGCCGCAGAGCAGAGUGUGGCGCUGGAGCUUUCCGUUGCGGCAGUGGGGAGUGCAUCAAGCUGGCCUGGAGGUGUGAUAGAGAUCCGGACUGCAAGGACAAGUCCGACGAGGCUGACUGUCCGCUCCUGACGUGUCGUCCGGAUGAGUUCCAGUGCGGGGAUGGCUCCUGCAUUCACGGCAUCAAACAGUGCAACAAAGCCUUCGACUGCUUGGACAGGAGCGACGAGGCUGGCUGUGUCAACGCCACAAAGUGUGAAGGCCCUUUGAAGUUCCUCUGCCGAAACGGGGAGUGUAUAGACGGCGCGAAGGUGUGCGAUAAUGUCAAGGACUGCAAGGAUCGAUCGGACGAGCCCAAGAAGGAGUGCGGUCUGAACGAGUGCAUGCUAAACAACGGAGGCUGUUCACAUAUCUGUGUGGACCGACCCAUCGGCUACGAGUGCCAGUGUCCCACUGGCUACAAACUCCUGGAUAAAAGGACAUGCGGAGACAUUGAUGAGUGCGAGAAUCCAGAUGCCUGCAGUCAAAUCUGCAUCAACCUCAAAGGAGACUUCAAGUGUGAGUGUCACCCGGGCUAUGAGAUGGACCCAGUGAGCAAGACCUGCAAAGCAGAGGGAAAAAGCCCUUACCUGAUGUUCACCAACAGACAUGAGAUCCGACGCAUCGACCUUGUGAAGCGGGACUACACCCAGGUGGUCCCCACCCAGAAGAACGCUGUGGCCAUUGAUGUUGACGUGGCUGCCAACCGCAUGUUCUGGUGUGACCGCUUCCAACGCAAGAUCUACAGUGCUUUCAUCCACGAGGCAUCUGACCCGUCCCGUCACGUGACUCUGAUCGACUCUGAGCUCCACUCUCCAGAGGGCCUGGCUCUGGACUGGGUUCAGCACAACCUGUACUGGACGGACUCGGGCGACAGGAGCAUCUCUGUGGCUUCGGCCGACGGCAGCAAGAGGCGAGUUCUGAUCGACACAGAGCUGAGUGAACCACGGGCCAUCGCUGUGGAUCCGGAGCAAGGGUUUAUGUACUGGUCUGACUGGGGAAUGAGGCCCAAGAUUGAGAAAGCAGGCAUGAAUGGAGUGGACCGACAGGUUUUGGUGUCUGAGGGCAUCGAGUGGCCGAAUGGAAUCACGCUGGACGUGGUGGGAAAGCGCUUGUAUUGGGUGGACUCGAAGCUCCACUUGAUCUCCAGUGUGGACUUUAAUGGAGCUCAGCGCAGAGUGAUCCUGUCGUCCAGUGAAAGACUCGGCCAUCCCUACGCCCUCGCUGUGUUUGAGGACCGAGUGUACUGGACGGACAGAGAGAAGGAGGCCGUCUACAGCGCAAACAGGCUGACCGGUCAGGACGUGACCAGCCUGGCUGAACAUCUAAACGACCCGCAUGAUAUAGUGGUUUUCCACGAGCUGAGCCAGCCCCAAGCUCCGGACAGCUGUAACCUGGCUGGCGUCAGUAACGGUGGCUGCGCCUUCCUGUGCCUGCGUGCGCCUCAGAUCAGUGAACACUCGCCCAAAUACACCUGCGCCUGUCCCGACGGAGAAGAACUGAGUCCAGACACCCGCCUGUGUGUUCCCGUCCAAAAUGUCACAGCCCCACCCCCAAGCAUCUCCAGUAAUGUUACCAUGGAGACGAUGAUAGAGGCUGGCGCCGGUCUACCCUCAGAUUCCCCUGAUGCGCCGGACACAGUGACCUCUCAGGCAGACAGUGCGCCUGACACAGGUCAUCCAACCCAUCUCUCACCCAGCCCCACCCCAGACGACCGAGUCGGACCCUCCAACAAAACGGCAGCUGCCUCCCAGAGCCCGGCGGUGCUACUGAUCACUGCGUCAGGAGACACUAGCAACCUGUCUCAUCACUCUGGCAAUGAUCUGCUCCUCCUGGGCCACAGUCUGACGGUGGCUGUGCUUGGUGUUGUAAUCCCCAUAGUUCCUAUUGUUGCCACAGUGGUGCUGGGCCUGCUGUGCACUGCCGUUUACCUCAUCUACCGCAACUGGAGGCGCCGGAGCACCAAGAGCAUGAACUUCGACAACCCAGUGUACCGCAAGACCACCGGCGACGCCGAGGAGGACGAGAUCCAUAUCGGGCGGACGACCGAGGGCCUUCCCGGCCCCCAUCAUCAUCACCACCACCCCUACCCGGUGCCCGUGGUGGGCGUGGGCGGGGUAAGCGCGGGGACACCCUUCAUCGCCCUUCCUCUGGGGAGCGGCUUGCCGGACCCUGCAACACACUGGUACGCCGAGCAGCCCACCAUAUCCAGCGCAAAGUGAGGAGGGGAGGAGAAGGCACACGGACGCUACGAGACAACAGAGUGAUGUUUAGCCAGAGUCGGUCUGACCACUGAAGUGUAUUACAAGACGCUGAGAUAAGGCUGAGCGUCCGCCAGGCCACAGCGUCACACAGCCCGCUUAAGUCCACAGUGUCUGACCAUAAGAUAACGAAGGUGAGGUUCACUCCAAGAUGGCCAUUAGACCGACGGGAGCAGUAGUGGUGAUCUUCA